GUCUCACACAUCUCUGUGCCAACAGAACUGCUCUUCUUCUUCACUCAUAGGGAGGGUCUCAACCACCAGCGAAGAUGUCUGAUAAAAAGAUGACAUCAAGCCGCAGGCAUCAUCUGAAGAGUUUAAUACUCCACAUAGGUCACAAAUGGUUGGAGCAAGAGGCCACCAAGGCUGUGCAAGAGAAGCAAAUAUACAUGGAGGAGAACUGCCCUGUUUUAUCCCUCCCUGGAAGCAUGCUGGAGCUGCAGGAUCUGUGCAAGAAGCUACAUCAUCAGAUUGAUGUUGUUGAUGAGGAGAGAUAUGACAUGGAAAACAAAGUCACCAAGGCCAACAAGGAGAUUGAAGAUUUGAAGAUGAAAGUGCAGGACCUAAAUGGAAUGAAGUUCAAGAAGCCUGCCUUGAAGAAAGUGCGAAUGUCUGCUGAUGCUAUGCUUGCUGCUCUGCUGGGCUCCAGACACAAAGUAGAUCUGGAUCUGAGGUCCCACUUAAAACAAGUUAAGAAGGAGCACAAGGAAGAGGAAAUACAGACCGGUGAUUGGCGAAAGAACAUUGAAGAUAAGGCUGGUAUGGACGGAAGAAAGAAGAUGUUUGAGUCUGAGGCUUAAAUCCUUUCUAAAUGUCUAAACACAUUCAGUUGCAAUCAUAUACUUCCAUGAUCUCUCGUAUGUCCUUAUGAAGUUUAUUAUAUUCUCCUCCCAACCAGUGUAAAGUAAUAAGCGCCUGCCCCCCAUG